CACCUUUCCGCCAUGAGAAUGACCGUUCUUUCCCGACGGCUAUUCAAGCGACUGCGUCCCGACCGAAUACUCCGUAUCUACCCAAAGCAUGUUCCCCUACAGUGGUGGCGGUGUUGUUGUUGGUGGGGCUGCUACUUGCUGCUGAUGACUCGCUCGGCAGUGACCAUCUCGGCGAGUUCGUUGUCGACCGACGAACGGUACCUGUACUACGCCCAAGACGUGGACACGUCGCCCGUCAUCGAGUACAUGCCCGACGCCGACGCCGCCGAUCCCAACCAUCCCGACUUUCUCUAUCGUCCACAAGCUCACGGACCUCGAAUUGUGGAAUUCUACGCACACUGGUGUCCCCACUGUCGGCGCUUUCGGGAUCACUACGUACAAUUCGCGGGACAACUCGUCGCCAUGGCCAAAGACCAAAAGGUCGAACCCCCGCUGCGCGUCUACGCCAUUUCCUGCGUAGCGCACAAAGCCAUCUGCCGCGAUCAAGGCGUCAAAGGAUACCCCAGUCUCAAAGUGUUCCCCGCCUAUUCUCUCAACGCAACGGCGGAACCCUCCUACUUUCGACUCCACCCGUUUAGCGUUCUCGGCAGUAUGGGCAUCGACUUUGACGUCGACAACCACGCCCAGUUUGCCGUAGCCGAUACGUCAAUGACGGCCGCCUCGGCGGCCGUGACUAGUCACACGCAUUCGUCCUUUCUGCGUCGGAACUGGUUCGGGAGUCUCACCAGUACCACGGACGGUACCCUCCGUGAACGCCAAACCCACGUUGCCGAUCUGGACAGUACCCGUCGGACCAAGCAAAACGUUUUUGACGAUGCCUACCGAUCCUUCGAUUUCGCCAUCCGUACCGCCGUCUUCAUGACCAACGGUCCUUUGGAACACAACGCGACCAGAGACGCCUUGCACGACUGGUUGUCCCUGCUACAAAAGGCCACGCCACCAACCUGGUCGACGUUACAGAAACCCGUACGGGCACUCCUGGGCAACUUUGACGAAAUCGUGCGCGGCGAAGACCACUUGCUCGCAGUGUACGAAAAGGUAGCCUCGCCGCCCGCAUCGCAUCAGUGGAGUGACGACUGCUCGCACGGCCAAAAAGGUGCCGGCUACACGUGCGGCCUCUGGCAACUCUUCCACAUUGUCACCGUGGGUGCCACGGAAUGGAAUCUUAUGCUCUUGGAAGAGAAUUCACCCAAUCUUCUCGACCUGACCGACACCGCUGACACGUUCCGGAACUACGUCCAGCAUUUCUUCGGUUGCGAAGUUUGUCGGCUCAAUUUCGUCUCGGCCUACGACGCCUGCGCGCACGAUCGGUGCCACCGCUUGGACCCUACCGACCAGUCCCGGACCGCCUGGAUCCAACUACCCCUCUGGUUGUUCGAAACGCACAAUGCCGUCAAUGCUAGACUCCUUCGCGAACAGGCCGAACGGGAAGGAUGGAACGUUACCCUCGCCGACCAGCGCGCCCGGGAGUUUCCCUCGCGCCACGCCUGUCCCGUGUGUUGGAAAGCUGACGGGAGCUGGGACGAAGAUAUGGUGUACCAGUUCCUGCGACUCGAAUACUGGCCCGAAGACUCGGUGGCGGUAGACCUUCGGGAGCAGUUGGCCCAGCGCAUUCGGGUACAACAGGAAGGCUGGGAUUCCCAGCGUGACCCGAACGAUCCGGACGACGAUCGGAACGUCCCCGUCCCACCCGUGGCCUUACAGCUGGUUCCGUUGAUGGUUGUGGUAGGACUAGUGGCCGCCUGGUACACGAAACGUAACGAGCGGCUGAGGACGGGUCGGCACAAACGGAUCGCCUGA